AUGAGUGACAUACACCCCGACCUCGCGCAUAUUUCUGAUGUGAUUAUUAGUAUGCGACGCGAAAUUGGGAUACUGAAGGCCGAAAUAACGGAGCGCUUUGAUCAAAAUGCAGCCACCGCGGCUGCGUUGCACGACCGCAUUCAGCAGGCAGAGAAGAACCUCAUUACGCACUGUGAUAUCGAUGCACUGAAUGAUGGCAUCGCUCAGUCGCGAAUUGUCCUCAAUGCCGUCGCCACUGAUGUUGGCGCAUGCCGUCAAGGCGUUCAGACGAUCAAAGACGUCGUCGCAGCGUGCAAACAGGCUGUAGAGGAAUCGCAGCUGCAUUUACGGGACAGAAUCAGCUACGCGCAAACCGGUAUAAAGCAGGCAAUAACCACAGCUCGACAGGAACUCGGUACGGCAAUCACCACACUACAAGACAGCCUUCUUGAUGCCGUUGGUGGAGUGGGGCGCGAACUGGGCAAGGGUAUAAAGUCUCUAAAUGAGGCUGUCGCGAGCGUUGUAGGCGGUUUCGAGGGACAACUCAGUGAUGCGUGCGAGGUCAUCAUCACUCAGACUAGCCUCACCCGUGCACCAUCUCGCGAGGUGCUUGGUGGCAAAAUGCGUGAGAUGCGGGGCGUCAUCGAACAUACGCACACUUCUUUGCAGAAUCUGCCGCGAACUUUGAAAAUCAGCCUCGCCGAAGCAAUGAAAAAUGCUGCUACCGUUGCGAGCGACAACACAACGAGGAAAGUCCAACAGAGGCUGAAGAACCUGUAUGAGGAGCUGCGUGACAGGAUCCAGGACGUUCAGCUGGAGAUGCGGGCCGGGCACUUUAACAGCGCUGCGCGUCUGGCAAACAAAGCUAUCAAGCUGCUGCACAAGCACAAUCGUUAA